AUGAGGCAACGACUGGCGGUGUCCCUGUUCUGCGGCUUGUUUGUUCUCCAGGCUGUUGCCGCCGUAGAUGACUUUGAUGGCUCCUCCUACGCCAGGAACGUCUCGCUGGACACCAACGUGGACAUCUUUUGGACCGUCGAUCUCGAGGCCGAAACCAUUCGUGUGGCCGUGCACGCGAAAGCUGCCACGGGCUGGGCGGGCGUGGGCAUCUCUGAGAUGGGGGGAAUGGAGGGCGCCGACAUUGUGUUUUACGAGACAGCUACCGGGAACUUGACCGACGCUUACUCCCUCGUGGCGGGCACGCCUGUCGUCGACGAGUGCACGCAAGACUGGACCUUGCUGUCGGCGGAGGUAGGAGACGGGAGCCUGGUGUUCGAGGCGGAGAGAGCCCUCGACACGGGAGACGAUCAAGAUCGGGUCUUUUCCGAUGACAGCUUCGACGGAGCUAUACCCACGCGAGUCCUCACCGCGUGGGGCGACUCGGACACCGUGGGCUACCACGGCGAAAACUUCGCAAAGGGGCAGGUCGUCAUGUUCGGCGGAUCGGAGAACGAUGAUGCCGCCGAUCCGGUGAUCGACGUCAAGACUAGCGAGGAUGUUCAGUUCUUCGAUGCGGCGCCGAAAAACUUCUCCAUCCCGACUGUGCGCACCUGGUACGAGAACACUUGUAUCACGGCCUCGGAACUACCAGACCUCGACGAGUACCACGCCAUCGCUUUCGAAGGCUUGCUCCAAGCCGACACGGCCGAGUACGUGCAUCACCUCAUCUUGACCGGGUUUUAUGGUGCAUCUGACUGCGGGAAGGCCUGCUCCGAGUGGCUGGAUGAAAUGUUUGCGAGCGAGGACGGCUCUGACUCCUCCUCCACCGUCGAAGGAGGAGAAGAAGGCGCUUCGUCCUCGAGCCCCUCUGGUUCCUCCUAUCCUUCGGACGACUCAUCGUCAGUGUCCUUCACCGAGUACUUCGAAAAUCUCAACAUCACCGUCCCUUCCUUCUGCAGCAACUACGGCGAACAAGCGGACAUCUUCGUAUGGGCUCCGGGAACAAGCAACCUAGAGCUGCCCGGCGACGUCGGGUUCCUGUUAGGCAACGAAUCUGGUGGUUUCAACUCCCUGAAUAUUCAGACCCACUACAACAACCCGGACGGGGUGAGCGGCAAGAACGACAGCUCCGGCGUGCGCGUGUACUACACCGAGGAGCUGCGGCCGAUCCAGAUGGGCGUACUGAAGCUCGGAGAUCCGUUCAUCGCCCUCUCAGACCAACCCUUGCCGGACGGCAAGUCCAGCUUCUCGUUUGGUUGCCCGGGUACUUGCUCCGAGACAAAUUUCGAGGAAGAGGAGGUUACCAUCUUCAAUCACGUGCUCCACAUGCACGAGAACGGGCAGCGGAUGGUGACACACCAGUACCGGGACGACGGCGAGGGCAACGAGGAGCUGAUCCACACGACCGAAGUCUGGUACUACUCCUCCCUGCAGGCCGGCGCGCACGUGGUAACCGUCAACGGCAGCGCCACCAUCAAAAAAGGAGACAGUUUCACGACGCAGUGCAUGUACGACACGUCUCUCUCUUCGGUAGGCUCGGCCAACGUCACGUUCGGUCUAGGGUCGGAACAAGAAAUGUGCGUCAACUUCAUCUUCUACUAUCCUGAUCAGAGACUGCCAGACGGGGGAGCGUGCGGGGUCUUCGCGUGCGAUGGCGGCGUUCUGGGCUAUGAGGAGCUGGAAGCCGACUCCGACUUCAACCGCACGUUCGGGAUAGUGGACACGUGCACCUCGAGCUUAUCCGGGGAGGAGGAGGGAAGCGACUCGAGCUCCUCGUCACGUGCGGCCCAGCCCCUGCUCGGACCGUUGUUUGCGGUUUCCACCAUCAUCGCAGCGCUCUCGCUUGAGAUCAUCAUGGCGUAGACUAGUAGCUGCCUGCAGAACACCUCGCCAAAUGGUUCAGAAUGCGUUUUCGGCUUGAAAAACGAAGUAGGCAAUGUUCGUGUUGAGUCGGUGCCAUGUCAUCUAAUCGAAGCGUGUGGCGUCAUCACUCUCAUGCAAUGUCAUUGGGUGAAGAGUUAUUUUAUGAUGCGCUCUCAAUUUGCUGCCAAAUUGCUGGCGUGGUCCGGGUGGUUCGCUUCCUUCGCAAGGGUCCACAAGUGACCCCGGAAAAGUUGUCCUGUCGUUGAAGAUCAAGGACUAGGAGGUAGGACAUGUAGUAGAUAGAGACCCUCCC